ACACAACACUGUCGCUGGCAGGCUAACACACUCACACACACAUCCACAUACACACUCACACAUACACACACACUCAUUCACACACAAAUACACACUGAGCAGCAUCCUCAACUCAGACUAAGACGCCCUUGGACUGCUGCAGGCGAGGUGAGUGAGUAAAUAUUUGAGACAUCCUGUCUGUGUGUGUGUGUUAGUGCAUGUCUUUUUGAGUGUGACUGUGUGUGUUUUUUGUUUGCAUAAGUUUGUGUUUAGUUUAUGCCUGUCGUGUGUGUGCAUGUCGCUGUGUGUGGCUGUGCGUGUGUAUUUUUGCAUAACUACAUUUGCCGGUGUGCUUUGUAUAUACUCUGUGUGUGUGUGUGUGUGUGUGUGUGUGUGUGUGUGUGUGUGUGUGUGUGUGUGUAUUUACAAGGUACAGGAGAGCCAAUUAGACUUGUGUUUUGCACCAGACCAAAACAAAUCCACAGAAUAAUGCUGACUCUCUCUCAGAAGUGUGUGUGUUUGUGCAGGUAUGCAUGUGUACUGGCCUGUGUGUGUGUUUGUGUGUGCCAGGAGAGGCCAGAGUCUGUCUGGAAACUUGUCAGCUGCAGAGAGAUGCAUGUGUGUGUGUGUGUGUGUGUGUGUGUGUGUGUGUGUGUGUGUGUGUGUGUGUGUGUGUGUGUGUGUGUGUGUGUGGAGUGGUGAGGUAGAGGCUAACUUUCGUGCCAGUGCUAGUUGUCAAACUGUGAGUUCUGGUUUUUACUGUUGCAAAGAGUUUCAGGAUAAAUCUCCAAAUGUCUUGCCUGUCUAAUUUCACUUUCAAGUCAUACUUAACUUGGUCUGUAAACUGUUGAAGGGUGGUUUCUCCGUGCACUAAAUAUUUGUUGGUGCCAGCGUCAAUUGUGAAAUUAAGUUUAAGACUUCACUUCAAAUAAUAGUUGAGGCUGAGGGAUUUAAAAUUGCAGCUAUGUCUGUAUCUGGUUUUAUUUUUUAUCUUCGUUCCAUCUUCACAAUCAAAGGUAUGAUGUAUGGCACUCUUAAGGAUUUACUAUGGCUGGAACCCUAUAUUUACUGUUGAUGAAGUUAGGCGCUGUUCCGAGCAAUAUUUAGAGUGGCUUUUUGGUUGAGGUAGACCACUGUAUGUUGCUAUCGUGCGGACAUUACUAAAGUUGGUAUAACCUGAGAAGCAACCAGUCAGCAACAUUCACCUCUUGAGGGGGUGUCUAACUCAGUGUUAUAGUGUGUUUGACUGUAACUUAAAUUUAUGCCGAAAUAUCCCUUUAAAGAAUAAAAAACACAAAAUUCUGUGGAUAUAUUCAAAAUAUUAUGAGAAUAAUUAGAAGAAUGAAUUUAGUCAGAUGAGUAAUGAUAUUAUUAGACAUUAUAAAAUAGCUGUUAUGUUGCAAGAAGUGAGUCAUAAUGCAACAAUGAAGUUUUGUUUUACAUGUUAAUUAUGCAAUAAAACAGAGGUGUGAUGUUAGAGAAUGAAGUCCUCAUCUUACAGAAUAAAGUAGACAUGUGUGACUGCUGCAUCUCACAUCAACAGGCAGGCAGGCUUGUGUUCUCCAUGCCUGUGCAAACUGGCAUGCCAGCUGUAGCUGUGGACAAGCCCCAGGUUUCAAUCCUUGGAAGCAUUUCUUGUGCCAGGGCUGAACAAUUUGGCCACAGAUUAGCUGUCUAGGGGAGGUCCAGACCCAGGAGUGGAGGCUACAUUGACAGGUAGUUUUGGGUACCUGGCACCACCAUGGACAAGUGUAAGUCAACUUGUUCACUUCAAAGGACUCCACCCACUGUCUCUUGUUCUUCUGUUUGAGCAACGACAACCUUCCUCCUGGGAGUAGAUGCCACCCACCCUGCUUUUUAGUUUUUCCCCCUUCUGCUUCUUCUGUCUCUCCUGCGGAGAGUACGAAUGGAGGAGAUGAGGGUCAUCCUGUUCACUCAUUAUUGGCCCCACAUGACUUGGUUUGCAGACAUCCCACCUAUGCUGGACUCUAUUUUAUCAAUUUCCUCAGGGACUGAAUCUCUGAGCUGGGCCCCUGUGAAAACAAAACAGUUAACUAUGGCUCUGUCUCAGUCUGUGGUCCAAACAUUUCAGAGCGCUCAUGGCCCAUCAAAAAGAGCACCUGAAAGUACGAAAGUCACCCUCCACCCUCAGGGGUAUGCUUACCACUAUCCAGAUGGUUUGUAUUGGUCAAUAUCAGCUGUCUGAGAUAGUUGGCAGUCUUCUGUCCCAACUUCUAAAGGGGGCCAGUAGAUGUCUUAGCGUUCAGUGUGGACCCUCUCUCUGACCUUGGGAUUUGAGGCUGGUCGUACAGGCCCUAGUGCCAGUACCAUUUGAGCCCCUAGAGCCAAAAGAGCUGAAGCGGCUGUCCCUGCUGCAGCUGGCUACCGCUAGAAUGGUAGGAGAGUUUUUGGCCCUCUCUUUUCAUGGUGACCUGUGAAGAUUUCUGUCAUCAAGGGGCAGGAGUGGUUCUGCAUUCUUCCCCAAGGUCCUCUGAUACUCUGGGAAAGUCAACAGGUUGAACUUUGGUCUGCCUAUCCUGCUGAAGCUGGAAAGGGGCAGCACAGAUGUUUUCUGGUAUCUCCAGUUAGGGCACUGGAGGUGUAUGCACCAGACACAGGAGGAUUGUAGAAACUAUCCAGCAGGCUUGUGAUGUGACCCUAAGGGUACCAUGUCUCCCAAGUGUGCGGGCACAUUCUACCCGGGCAUGGCAACAGUAUUGUGACAGGGUCUCUGAGGGAGAUCUUUGCUGCUGCCACAUAGUCUGUCCCUCUACCUCUGCCCGGUUCUACCAAACAAAUGUGGCUGCAAGAAUGUCCCUCAGUGAGUGGGUGCUUGGUGGGGCCCAGCAGUAGUGACAUUUUUAUUUUUUUCUGUCCGUCAACCUAGCCAGGCUAGCCCAAGCAACCUCUUCCUUACUUAAGCCAGCCUUCAGCAUUAUGCAGGGUAGGCUAACCUUGGUAGCCUCUUCUGCCUUGUCUUCAAGCAGCAGUUUAUUCUAUAAUGUUGUCCUUGAUAGCUUGGGGGUGGGGGACUUGAAUAGUGUGCAUUUGUAUUUAGUCCAUUGACAUGCAUGCUGGACAUUGUUUUGAAUUCAUACUGGUAUGGGUUUUGUUUUGUUCAGAGCACUCUUGGUGGCAGCACUAUCUCGUUAGUAUGACUCAUAUGAGACUGGUGCUGCUCAGCCAAUUGUGUGCUAAAAAAAGGAAGAAGGAGCUUCUGAAGAUCUACCUUGAUUUGGCACGAUGAUCCAGGUUCCUUACUGUAGAACAGGCAGAUGGCUGCUUUAAUCUUUAAAGUCCUACUCCAAUAAUUUUUUCCAUUUACUAUUUAAAGUGUUCUCUUGGUGGUCUUUGAAUUGUAAAUAUGAAGUUUUUAGCCCAAAUCACAUUCCCUGUGUCAUUUUUAAGGGCUUUUCUUCUGCAGAGCUUCAGUAGCUCAUUAGCAAUUCACCUCUGAGUCGUGGGUGGAGACAGCACUGCUCUGCACAGUUUUCCUUGAGUUAGCUUGCAACCUAACAUUGCCGGUGCAGCAGAAGUUAAAGGUAAUAUAGGAGCUAUUCAGCUCUCAGACACUAAUGUCUUUGGGGAUAUGAUGGAAGGUUAUAUCAUAAUUGGCCUCCUUAUGAGCAUUGCAAUCUGCUAACGCACACACUUGUUCCACCAUCAUCCUCUUUUUUUCUCAGAGUCUGGCCUGCAGAGUGGGGCGCCGGGGGUGGAACAUGGGCUUGUGAUGUAGAAAAUCUGUGUCUGAACCUGCUGUUUGGGUCUGUGAGAGGUUCACAGUGAUUUAAAUGCUAUAAUACUCAGAAAUGCAAUUUGUUCUUAGUCUUCUCAUGAUAUAACCUCUAGCAUCAGCCUCAAAAUUCGGAUCAGAUAAAUCUGAUUUUAAAAGUGUGCAACAACUCUAUCUACAUUGAAAUCAGCACAGAAAGCAGCAGUGAUCAGUAAGAUUCAGACAGAUUUUCACUGAUUUUACCACCUUAAGAAUAUAGCCACAGUCCGUCCGUUUCUCUCUCAGACCAGCACAGAGGUGCUGAUGCAUGCUUUUAUCUCCUCACGUUUAGAUUAUUGUAACGCCCUGCUCUCUGGCCUCCCAAAGAAGAACUUACAUACACUUCAGCUUUUACAGAAUUCAGCUGCAAGAGUGCUGAUAAGGGCCAGAGGGCGAGAGCAUAUAACGCCAGUUUUAGCAUCGCUGCAUUGGCUCCCCGUCAGUUUCGGGAUUGAUUUUAAGGUUCUUUUAUUAGUUCUUAGAUGUAUUAAUGGUCUUGGCCCCUGCUAUUUAUCUGAUCUAAUUUUACCAUAUCAAUCCUCGUGGACCCUGAGGUCUUCCGGCACAGGCCUUUUAACCUUACCCAAAGUCAAAACAAAAACACACAGGGAGGCGGCUUUUAGUUUUUAUGGUCCCCAGUUGUGGAACAGCCUGCAGGAGACCCUCAGGGCCGCAGAGACUGUUGAUAUUUUUAAGAAGAGGCUCAAGACUCACUUUUUUAACCAGGCUUUUUACUUAUUGCCAUUUUAGAUUUCUCUUCUUAAUGUUUAUUUUAUGUCAUUCUAUUCAUUAUCUCUGUUCUUAGCCCUUUUUUUUAAAGUUUCCCGUCACAGGUUUUUACUUCUUUUACCCCUUUUAUUUAUUUGUUCAUUUAACAAUUUUAUUUUCUUAUUUUAGUCCAUCAGGUUUUACUCUUUUCACCAUUUUUAUCUCUAUUUUUAUCUCCAGUGUUUCCUAAAGGUAGCUCUUUCCUCAUGUAAUGUCUCGGUGUCAGGCCAUGUCUCUUUAGCUUAUAUUGUAAAUUCUCACACUGUGUGCAGUUGUGUGUGUGUGUAUGUGAGGGUGAGUGAGGGUGGGUGGGUGUCUUUGUGUGCGUGUGGGUCCAUGGGUGUAUGUGUGGGUGGAAGAGUUGGGUUUUUGUCUUCGUUGUUGUUUAUAGCCUCUGUGAGGCACUUUGAAUUGCAUUUCCUUAUGUAUUAAAUGUGCCAUAUAAAUAAAGCUGAAUUGAAUUGAAUUGAUUAGGAUAGUUUACGUCUGAGGUAGGAAAUGGUCCAACCUUGCUGCAAACCAUGUCCCUGCCAUGCAUAUUUCAAGUGUUUCAGCUCAGAGGUGAUCUAUAAAAACUCUCUUUGGAUUCUCUGUUGCUGGAUUUUCUACAGGUGGCUUAUUUCUCUCAUGAAGCCUUGACUGUUACAUGAUUUCCUUCUUCUACUGUUUUAACAUGAGAUAAAUACAUAGAGGCUGCAGUCAUUAAGGAGUCUGUAAGGUAAAGGGGUUGAGUAUGUGCCGUUUUGUUAGAGCAGCAGCUCCGUGUGCUGUUAAACUGCAGUCUUGUUCCAAGAAGUCAGUGGUCAGACAAACCACUAAUAGACUCACUUGACUUUACAAAACCUGCACGAGUGUUCUCAUUUUUUACCAGAGAGACCCAAACACAGAUAAUCUAAGCCCGCUAGUUCUUCUGGGAAUCCCAGCCCUGAAAGGCAAGUCAAUAAAUAGGUCAAAGUUUAAGUGCAAGCAAUCUACCCAGCUUCUGUUUGCCUCAGGGGGCAACCAAGCUCCACUGACCUCUCCUCAAGUUCUCAGACCGGCUUCCUUGCUGUCCUUUGAGUCUUUGCUUAUUUUUCUUUCUCAUUCUCACUCUGUCUCUUAGCCGUCAUCCUCCCUCUUCAUCUCCUCAUCUGUCUGCCCAUCUGUCUGUCUUUUGGCUCCCUUGGUAGUUUUUCUGCAUACAAGAAGGCAAUAAAACCCCAAUCCAUUCCCCUUUCCUUUCCAUUUUGCACAUGUACUUCAGACUGAAUAAAGAAGGAGAGUUUGGCUCUGUAAAAAACUGAGGACAAGCAGACAUCCACAACCACACCAUCCUCCCUCCCCUCUAUCGUCUGAGGGCUGUGGGCUGCAGAGGACAGACAGACACCCUAACCACCAACAUGUCACACCACUUUUCUUGUCUCAGAUAUUUCAGUCGUGAAAAACAUGCAGUGGUUUUGUACAAAUCUAAUCAACAAAAAUGUCUGAACUGUUAAAACAUCAAUCUCUCAGCUGAGUUAUGCAAAUUAGUGCAGCAACCUCUCUUGUCGAGUCUUGGAACAUUUUCUGCAGCUGUGUCCUACUCAUGUCUUCAAAAGUCAUCUGAUUAAGGGAGAAACAUGCAAUUCAUGCUGAUUUUUCAAAUCAAAUUUAACUGUCCCAACUUAGUUACCGGAUUUAUAUUAACAGUAAAUAUGUGAGUGCACCCCAGUUCAGUCAACGUAUCUUACAACCUGUUAGUGGUCCACUUUCAAAGUUGUGAUCCAACUGACUGAGGUUUAGUUAUGUUUUUUCCUGCAAUCUGUUUUCUGCAUCUGCAGACUCAUGAGACCUAAACAUUGAGACUUUACCCUCCACAAGAGUAAUGUUAGCUUAGAUGGCUAGUCAGGUAGAGAAAACUAAAAUGUCCAAGAUCAGCAAUGCAGUGUAUAGUCACUGCUUUAUAAAAUGAAUUAUAUAGACUCAACAUAAAGAACAAAUUACUUUGUUCUUGAUGACUUUAACAAAAGUCCUCCCACUAAAUCCCAAACUGAAUCUUUCUUUAGUUUAAUUUUUGUAUAUGUUCCCCUUUCAAAAGCCAUAAAUACAGUUUAUUUAUUUUUUUUCCUAUAUGAAAACGUCUCUUGCGGGUCUUGGGAUGGACCUGCAAUAUGAUGACAAAUGUAAUACUUCUGGUCUUUAUGGUGGUCAGAUUGGCUCAUGGUCCUACACCUGCUGAAAUGGCAACUCCACAAGGACAAACUACAACGCAUGAAAUUACAUCUGCAAAAUCUUCAACACACAACCAGUCGCAAUAUGAAAGUAUGAUCAUACUUGCAGACAGCCAAUCAUAUUGCAUGGUGUUACAACCAAGCAGCGCAGGGCUGAGUCAACUAUUCUAAAUAUUAGAGGUGAUUUCCUCUCUGUGUCAGACACACUGACCCAAUUAUAGUCCUGCAUUUACAAAAGGGGUGGGGUCUAUAAAGAUGACAUCACAGGGGUGUCACUUCAGCCUUUUGGUAAUGACCAAACAGCAGCUUCCAGCACAUGGGGGUCUGUUGAAUCUGAUGUGGCUGUUGUAAACAAACUCAUGGACGUAUUUUCAUUGAAGCAGAAUAAACAGCUGUAGGUGGUGCAUUGUUUGAUAAGAACAAGUUUCUUUCCACCCAGUUCACUACGUCACACGCUGCAUUAAUCUGACCAACUGUGAGUCCUUCUAAAACAGCUGAUUAAGUUUGCAGCAGAUGUUUUGGAUUUUUCCUGGAUGGAUAAAUGACCCCAAAAUUGAUCAUCAAUGUUUAUGUGUGGAAUCAACUUUGAUUUGACUUUUUUAAACCUACUCUAGAGCCUGAAAAUGUUUCAUUCAAACUCAUGGAUCUUCAUGUCGCAGGUGGCUGACAGGUGCUGGAUGAUACUCAGUGUUAGCAGACGGUCAGUAUCAGUCUGAUGAAUCAGUCUCACUCCUCUGCUGUCCCAGGACGGACAGACUGCUGCUAUCUGUCUGUCUGUCUACUGAGGCUGCCAGCACUACAAAAACAAGACAGUGAGGCGAGAGGCCCCAGGGGUCCGUCAUGGUAGGGACAGAAGAAGGGUGAGAGAGGGGGAGGAAGGGAGUACAAGGGGAGGGUGUUUACUUUUGCCCUUCCCUGCUUGACUGGCUGGGAAACUACAGCAAAAGAGUAAGAGAGAGAAAGAAGGAGGAGCAAGAAGACUAAGUCUAGAUGAGUGAGAGGCAACAGGCUGAUUCUGAGUGUGUGUGUGUGUGUGUGUGUGUGUGUGUGUGUGUGUGUGUGUGUGUGUGUGUGUGUGUGUGUGUGUGUGUGUGUGUGUGUACGUGCGUGCGUGCGUGUGUGUGUGUUUUGCAGGCAUACAGAUGUUUAAGGUGUGUUUCUUCAUGUUUGCGUCCUUUAGCUGAUCUUGUGAGGACAAUGUUCAGAAAAAAAAGACAGUUCUCUGUUUUUUCAUAUCACUAAGACUUCUUAUUCUCAGUGUCAAACUACUUUAUCUUGUAGUGCUAUGAUUUAACUUUCUUCAAAAUGCACUGUUAAAAUCUUUGUGGUUACUUCACCUUCAUUACUUCAGUGUAAUAUCAUGAGGACAUUUGGUUGAGUCAGGAUUAAAGGUAUGCAGCAAUAGGAUGUUAGGCACUAUACAAUAUAUAAUCAUGUCCUCGACUUAAAUGCUCCUUAAAUGCUCUUGUCCUCGAGAGCAAAAGUCUUCUGUAAGGUAUGAUAAGUCUAAUCCUCCUUUCUCAGUUCUUUACCAUGAAAAUCUAAUUCUUUUGUGAAUGAAAACAGUAACUCUCUUCUUCUUCAGGCAGUUCAUUUCUCACCACCACUUGCCGUAUACAAAAACACUGUUGAUAAUAUUCUGAGCUACUGUAGGAACAUGGUGGUGCAAUGCAGUGGAAGGGACCUGCUCCUGUGUCGAGUUUUUACAUUAAGUGAACAAAAACAAGAUAAUUGAAAUAUUCAGGUGAGCAUACACUUCUUUCAAUAUACUUAUAGAUAUUGUUUGUGACAUCAGUCCUACAAUACUACCAGACAGAUCAGACAGAUCACUCCUGUGCGUACCUGCAAAAGGAGCGAUCUGAUGGACAAUAUAUCAAAGCUCAAAGAGGCGAUCGUUUGGCCUCACGUCUCAAUGGAAAUUAGGGUACCAUGUCCAUUCUCUGUACUCUUCAGCCAAUGUGUUGAACCAGGACCUAAUAGUACAAGAAACAGGUGAAUGGGUGCUACACUAGAGGAGGCAAUAAACCAAGAAAUGGUGCGGAGUGUGUUGCAGAUAUUUCAUUGGAAAGAGAGUCAUGGCUGGAAGUUGUUUGACGUUAACUGCUGGCUCCAACAGAGUUUCUGGACAGUUUGCGGAAAAUCUGUGAUAGACAAUAACUGCUGAUGAGUACAAAGAUUACUCUGAGCUGAUCAUGUGAGUGAAGUUUGAGUUUCAGUCUCAGAACGUUUGAAGUUGAGGUCAGUAUUAUGAGCAUUGUGUCAGCAGAGUAUGAACGUUUAACAUGUUGGAGUGUUUGCAUACCUGUGUGUGCACACAGCUGAAGCUUCAGCAUGAGCGUGCACGGUGGGAAACAUUUCUGUAUGUGUGUGUGUGUGUGUGUGUGUGUGUGUGUGUGUGUGUGUGUGUGUGUGUGUUUCAGUCACGCCACUGGCUGAGUGUAUACACACGUGCUGCUGUGUCUGACUUUGUGUGUGUGUGUGUGUGUGUGUGUGUGUGUGUGUUUGGCAGCUGGCCGGGCUCCAGCUGUGUCUGGUUGGAUAAUGAAGUCCAGGUGCUGCCUCGCCUGCUUUAAGACACCUGUCACCAAUAUUUAGUGCCAGAGAAAGCCAGACUGCAAACAGGGCGAGACGAGCUGUUUGCUUAUUUUAACAAGGCAGCCUAACUGGACCUGAGGACACGGGAUGUACUAUGAAGCUUUUCCUAGAAGCUCUGUCUGUCUCUGCGUCUGUGUGUGUGUGUGUGGUUUAGGAUGUGUGUGAGAAUAUGUGUGUGAAUGUGCAGCAUGGAGCCUCCUGUCUUUUACUGAUUCAGAUGUUGCAGCCAAGAAUGUUUUCCUGAGGUUCUCGCUCGAGGGUCGAAUAUUUCGACCAUUUUUUUCUUCAAAAUUUGAUCAAAUUUUGUAGAAAGUUCUUCUCAACAAACACACUAGGAUUUCUCUUUGGGGGGGAAUACACUAUCACAUAUAUUUUUAUGCAUGCAUGCAUGUCAGUUGAAAGGCCGCUUUCUCCUUUGCAGCUCAUCAAAAUUUUGGUUUCUUGGUGUGUGCAUGCAAAUUUAUCUUAAAUGUGAAUCAUACUUUCAAUCCUGGAUUCCUCUUCACCUAAGGAGCUCUAAAUGAUAAAGAACUAUGAGACAUAUCACUUUCCAGUUAGCUAAACAGUCAUUUUAAUCAGACCAUCCAGCCAGUCUAAAAGUAAGAACCACAGACCCUGUCAGUCACAGUAAGUAAUGGAUCAGAUUUGGAUGAAAGUGGACGACAUGGGCUUUACCACUUAAUGACUUCAAGAAUUCCAUUUGAUGGCAGCUGUAGACUUUCUGCAGGUUUACAUGUACAGUGGAGCUGAGCCAUGGUUUCAACUCCAUUCUUACACAUUCAUGCUGUUCGACUGUGUGCAAACUGUGGAGCAUGCACUCUCAAGCCAGUUCAACCACCACGCUAACAGCUAUGAUGAGGUCACCUGCCUGUCAAAUCAGCCAUUGCUUUAUUGUGUAAACGUUGUGUAUUGAUAAUUAAAUGGUCUGCAUGUCCAAAAAUAGUUUUUGAACCAGGCUGAAAACCUGUUUCCUUCUGCUGUAUGAAUGAGUACCUCAAAAUGGGACUUGGAAGUUUUUAGAUCUGCAGCUUUAAAGGGCGUAAAAUUAAUUUAGGGUCAAACACCAAGUUAGACACCCUGUCGAGAGAUGAAUAUUGCUGACCACUUACCCCUCUAGUUUUACCAACUUUAGUAACGACCGCACGAUAGCAAUACACAGCGGUCUAAAGAGCCAUACACAAACAUCAACCAAAGUGCCACUCUACAGCCACAAAUAAUGCUCAGAACAGCACCUAACUUCAUCAACAGUACAUAUAGGGUACUAGCCAUAGCACUAGCCACCAAACAUCUUUUUAACUUUGCCUAAUUUCUUUAGCAAAGAGACUAAACACAACUUACCCACUCCCCUCCAGCAGCCGCUUGUUUGUAGCGAGACCUCAGGUCAGUCCAUUACAGACUACUGCGGGAGGACACAGCUCAAGGAAGAAGGCAAUCAGACCGAGAUGCUGAGGCAGAAGAACUACCGCGUUUGCAGUGCAAAAUGAUUAAUAUGAUGAUUAUUACUUCAAGGAAAUGAUAAAGUAAUGAUCAUAAAUGUUCUUCCUUGAGCUGCGUCCUCCCGCUGCAGUCAGUGAUCAACUCGUCUGAGGUCUCCCUACAAACAAGCGGCUGCUGGAAGAGUAUAGGUGUGUUGUGUUUAGUCUCUAAUAGAGAAAUUAGGCAAAGCUAAAAAGAUGUUUGGUGGCUAGUGCUAUGGCUGGGACCCUAUAUAUACUGUUGAUGAAGUUAGGUGCUGUUCUGAGCAUUAUUUGUGGCUAUAGAGUGGCUUUUUGGCUGAGGUUUGUUGAUGGCUCCUGAGACCGCUGUGUAUUGCUAUCCCGUGGUAACCAACUAAAGUUGGUAUUCCUAGAGAAGCAAGAGGUCGGCAACAUUCAUCUCUCGACAGGGUGUCUAACUUGCUGUUACGGUGUGUUUAACCCUAAAUUAAUUUUACGCCGGAAUAUCCCUUUAAUGCUGAUGUUUGCCUCGUUUUCAGCACUGAGGCUGCUGCUCAUGUUGAGCAUUGUUGGCAUUUAUUUCUGGGCUACAAAGUUUCCCUUUUGGCAUCUUGUUGCUCCAAACAGGCAUUAUUUAGGCUCACUCUUCAGUAAGUCUGAAACUAGAUUCCUGUUGAUUAAGGCUCAUCCUUUUGCAUCAGCCACUGCCUGAAACUCCUUGAUUUUAUCUGAAUGUCUAGACAAUAAAUACAUGACUCAAGACAGCUUGGACCUUUUUUCCCCACAGUUUUGUAAGCUGUUUGGGACUGGCUCUGUCCUCAGAGAGCAGGUUUUUGGUUCAGUGUUCUUGAAAGUCAAAGGCCUCAUUGUGUCUUUAAGCUCAUGUGUAUGACAAACCUGCACAGGAAAAGGAGGGUACUUGAGCUCUUCAGGUACCCUCCUUUUCCUGUGAGUCUGUGCCGGUUUACGUUAGCCUGUACAUGCAGACAUCUACAUUUCCUCACAGUCUGAGGAGCCAAACAAAGGCCUACCUGUGUUAAGUUAUAGGAAACUUACCUUCAUCCUUCCAGCACAUUGGGACUUGUUUAACUUUUACACAGGCCCCUCUGCUGUCCAACUCCUCUCUCCAACACCUGAGGCCUCUCAGCAGUCUGUCUGUGUCACCCUCCACCUGCCAGCGCCAGCCUGCCACAGCCUGCCAGCACACACACGCACACACACACACACACACACACACACACACACACACACACACACACACACACGCACGCACACACACACACAUACACAUUGAGAGCAGCUUUGGCGUUGGCGUGCAUUGUCUGAGAAAACGCUGUUGUUCUGGCGUUUCUCUGACGUGUUUGGAAAGCUGACAGUUGGUACUGGCUUACAUUUGAAUCAGAGAUCACCUGAUGCUGUAAUCCAGAACAUCUUUCUGCUACCAGCCUUUUACUCUUAAGGUACAGCUAAUGUAAUUUAGGCAAUGAUGUUAGUCAGGCUGGGGCUCUAUAAACACUUAACUCUGUUUAUGUGAGCGCAGAGAGGAUGCUGUUAGACAGACGAGUCCCUGAGGACAGGAGGGUUGUAAAGGGGAGGGGGUGUAAAAAAGUAAAAAAGUAUCAAAGAGGCAAAUGAGGUCAUGCAAGUUAGAGAGCUCAGACGUGUUGGUCUUCCCCUCUUAAAACUCUGUCCUUCACGAAUCUGUAUUUUAACAUAUUUUAUGUCUGAAAGACAAGCAGGUCACAAACAUUAUUAAAAGAGGUUUGGACUUAUGUGAAGCCGUGCACUGGAACAGUCCAGGAUCAGGGUGCUGAAGGCCUGUCCAUUAUCAGUAACAUGAACAACUAAAGCUUUUCAUACAGGAUCUCCCCUUAACCAACAGAGGCUUAGGGAUGUGAUCUGCAUCAGCCCAAAACAGAGAGUAACGUUGAAAUAUCUAUUUGUCAAAAAAUUUUAAACGUUCAUACGGCACCUGAUCAUAUCCUUUUCAAUAACAUCACAACUUCUGUUUAGCAGCAUUUGAACACUGCAGAACUUCUGUAGCUGCAUAUUGAGCGGUUUUUAAUGUGUCUUUGCAUAGUGAAUGUAAUGAUGAAUGGAUCUAUAACUGUUACUAUACAGUGCUAGGGCCCGCCAGUGCCCAGUAGGGCGCUUGUUUUCAUUAUUAUUACAUUUAACAGUCACAUAAUAAUAAUGCAUCAGAUUUUACAAUGCUUUUAGUCAAUGACUUCAAAGCGCUUUACUUUGGAUAAAUCAUUCGUUUGCUCACACAGUCACACCCUGGAGGUGGUAAACUACCUUAGUAGUCACAGCUGCCCUGGGGCAGACUGAUGGAAACAUGGCUGACAGUUUGCACCUACAGCCUCUCUGACCACCACCACACACAAUCACACACCAGUGGAGGACACACACGGGGAGCAAGGUGGGUUAAGCGUCUUGCCCAAGGACACAACAGACAGACUAGAAAAGGGGGGAAUUGAACCGUCAACCUUCCAGUUAUUGGCCGAUCGCUCUACCUCCUGAGCUGCUGCUGCCCCAAGCAGAGGAUGCACAUGAAAUAUGAAAGUUCCCCUGCUAUUAGAGCAGCCGCCAUAGUGGAUUCAGCUGACCUUCCAGCAACAGAAGCUGCCAUCUUUGUUGUUUGUGAACUAGCUGAAGUGGAGCUCCUUCAAUGGCUUCAUCUGAAGACAAAGGUGUGAACUUGACAUAAAUUAAAGAUAUUGCUCAUUUCACCUUGUAUCUUCAAAUGUGAAUAUUCUCAGUCUCCACAUGGUUCUGUCUCACUGUCAGUUCAAAGUUAAUGCAUGGAGCUAACUCAGCUGCAAAUAAAAAUGAUAUUUAUUUAUUACAAGUUAUGAUGGGCAAACAAUCAUUUUCUGUUAUUAACAUCAAAACAGAAUUAUGAGUCAUUUGUCCUUCUCUCCUUUCCUCAAGGGUGGUCCGGUGCAUCCUCCACUAAGGAGGUAAUAAAGGAGAAUCCAAACAGGUCUUAUCAUGGUCCACACUCAGACUUUCAGGUCGUUUCACUCAUUUAAUAAAAAUCACCUGACCAGGAGCGACUCUUUGACUCGAUCCUCACCGUAGAGCUUUUACUUCUUUGUAUCAGAGGGAGCCAGCUGAGAUAGUUCCACUGACUCGUUGAAUUGCUUCCUGGGUGCCUCCCUUUAGAGAUCCUGGGGUAGACCCAGAGUUCGCUGGAGGGAUUAUAUAUCCCAUCUGGCCCAUGAUCACUGUGGACUUCUCCAGGAGGAGCUGGAAAUAGUUGCUGGGUGUUCAACAGCCCCUCUGAUAUGUUGUCAGACAAUUGAAUAAUAAUCUGAAUUUAAAUAUUUUGAAAGUAACCAGACUUGUGAUCCACAUGCCGCUCUGCUCGUCUCCAUAAGUCUGCGACAUACCCUCGAUUCUUACUGUCAGACCCCCUUCUUGCUGCAUUAAGGUAGCUGUCAGUGGCAGAGUUUCAGGUAUCUUCCCUCCCAAAAAAAAAAAAACCCACAGAUGUUCUUGGAAGUGAAGGAUUUUAUCUGAGAGUCAGAAAGGAAAUAUUACGACCACAAAUGUGUUCUCUGAGUGUAAAAAAAAUCCAACUUCAGGCCCUUUUGUCGGUUUGGAAGCUGAGAAGCCUCAAUUUGGGAGAGGGGAAAAGACAUGAAAUAACACCCACACGUCUCUGCAGCAUGCCUUCAUCCACAAUUCACUUAAGAGCCUGGACGUGGGGUUUUUUUAUGCCCCAAGAUCUCAUUAGUGGUCAUGAUAUUUCCUAUAUACCCUUCAGCCUUUGUUAAAGACUCCUCACUUGGUGCUUCAGUGGAGAAACACAGACGGAUUUGUGGCCUGAGCUCUCUUUAAAUCUUAAGUUUGGCUGCUCUGUAUGUGUGAGGAGUGUUGUAAGUUUUACUGCACAUCUUAGUGGCCAGUUCUGGAGAAGUUGCUCAUUUCUGAGGGAUAAUUGACUUAAGCUAAAACUAAAGACAGAAACAUCACAGCAUGUGUUCACUUUUUACUCCUCUGAGUUUGUGUCUUUUUCCAAAAUGUUAAGUCAGCAUUUUGGGGAGGGGGUUAAGCAUGCAUGUAAUAAAUGCAAACUGACAGAGUUUUCAUCAGCUUUGUUUGUUUUUUUUUAUUAUGAAGUAAAUGUGUUUAAGAGAAAAACAUAACAGGACUGUUAGGUCUUCUGAGGUAAAGGAAGUAACCUUUGUCUCCCUCAGGUUCACCAGGAUGAAGGUGUGGCCACUGGAACAGAUUGGGGAGACGGGUGUGGUCCUGCUGGGCUUCCUGACACUUGCAGUUUCUGUGGGGAACCUGUCCACUAGGGGGCUGCAGGUAAGAGACACGUAAAGAAAAGAUCUGAUAAUGUGACUGAAAAAUACCACCAAGAUCUCCACUGCUCCUGCAGCACUGUGUAAACUGGAGUAGGAACAGCAGGAGCAGACAAAGAUUGAUGCAGGAGGAGAGCAGGGAGAGGAGCAAAAGGAGGAAAGUAGAGCAGGAGAAGGAGGAGAGCUGGGAGAGGAGCAGGAGGUGGGAAAAGAGAGCAGAGAGAGAAUGAGAGCAGGGAGGGGGGCAGGUGGAAAAGAUAGAAGAGAGCAGGGAAAUGAGCAGGAGGAGGAGAAGGAGAAGAGAGGAGAAGGAGAGCAGGGAGAGGAGCAGGAGGUGGUAGAGGAGAGCAGGUAGAGGAGCAGGGGAAGAAGAAAGGAGCAGGUGGAGAAGGAGAGCAGGGCGAGGAGCAGGAGUAUGGGAAAGGAGAAAGCUGGGAGAGGAGCAGGAGGAUGAGACAGGAGAGCUGGGAGAGGAGCAGAAAAGAGGAGAGCAGGAAGAGAAGCAGGAGGAGGAGACAGGAGAGAGCAGGGAGAGAAGCAGAGGGAGGAGAGAGGAUGAGCAGAGAGGAGAGAGCAGGGAGAGGAGCAGGAGGAGGAGAAAGAAGAGAGCAGGGAGAGGAGAAGGAGAAGGAGAAAGGAGCAGGAGAGAGGUGAGCAGGGAGAUAAGCAGGAGGAGGGGACAGGAGAGAGCAGGGAGAGAAGCAGAGGGAGGAGAGAGGAGGAGGAGGAGGAGAGAGCAGGGAGAGGAGCAGUGGAGGAGAGAGGAGGAGGAGGAGGAGAGAGGAGAGAGCAGGGAGAGGAGCAGGGGAGGAGAGAGCAGGAAGAGGAGCAGGAGAGAGGGGAGCAGGGAGAGGAGCAGGAGUUGAAAGGAGAGCAGGUUUAGUCUGUGAUCAAAUGUAAGAGGUCAAAGGGCUCAAUUCCUCUGGAUCAUCCGGGAGGAGAUGAAAAUGCUGCUCCGGAGGAUGUCUGGGCAUACUGGCUUUAUUUUGAAGGAGAGGGACUUUUAAAAAAAAAUGUCUAAGGUUAGUCUUUAGUGAAAACUGCCGAUCAGAACCAUCUCUCCUCCUUUACUCUAUCCUGUCUCACUCUUCGCUCACUGUAUACACAUCACUUACGCUUUCUGUCUGGUAUUUCCAGUGACUCUCGCCCUAUCUCACAGCUGCUCUGUCUCGCACCUUUACAAGGAGCUCUGUGCACAUUCCAGCAGUCACUCUGAUGAAUCUGUCUGAAUGAAGGGAUGCAGCCAUCGGCCUGAAUUAAUGCAGCUGAGCAUCAGGAAUGUGUGAAAUGCUGACCGUCUUCACGUUCGAGCCGUGGCACAAAACACGAACUGUCACCCUGACACACUCUGUUCUCCUGACAGUCUGUCUGUUUGUACAGCGGUUUUACUCAUGGUACCAAAGUACUCCUAAAACUACAACAAAAUGCUGUUUCUGCUCCUCAUACGUCCACUGCUUCCACAAAUAUCACACGACUGUUAUAAGGGCUACGUUCACGAGAACUAAAGCACACUUUUAGAUUCAAAGAGAUACUUAGAGUUUUGGAGAAUCAGACUGUAAAUGGAUUCAAAGUACAUUUAUGUACAAACGUCAUUACCAAAGAAACCCCAUGUACAGAGACCUUUGUACUCUCAGGUACGUGUUUUAAACAAAAACCCUUUCAGUCGCUCUCCUUGCAGCCUCCAAACUCCAUGAACAAAAACUGCAUGCAAACCUGCCUUCAAAAUAAAAGCCCCAAACUAGUUCCAACAACACAAAAGAGAAAUAGAAAGACCUGAACUUCACUUGUUAAAGUAAAACAUUUUCUAGGUUUUUGGCCUCUUAAAUGAUCAUCUUAACCAGGUUUGAAAUAAACAGAUUUCUCCCUGCAAUCUUUGAACAGCUUCAGUUCUACUGUCCUACAGUCCUACCUAUCUGCCCUGCUACAGUCAGGUUGAACCUUUGAGUGUCAUGCAUCUCUUUGCUUCGUUACUAAUGAUAAAUCCCUCACACACCAUUGUAUUCAUAGUGAUUUGUGGGGUUGGACAUCAAGAGCAAAGUGCGGACAACGACACCAGAAUAUUUAGAUCUACAAAGCAGCACUUGGAAAUCUCCCAUCUUUCCUAUACGCCUCUCUCUGCACCAGUUUUCUUGCUGCUCUUCACCGUACCCAGAGUUUUGAGAUUUAGACAUGUUCAUAUCUCUGAAGUAUACUAUAGAUGAUGUGGUGACCGAAGCAUGCAGCUUUUUUUUUUCUAAAACCCGAUCAGACUGUAAAUAUCUGUUUUCAUCUGAUGACUGUAUUGUUUGUGACAGUUUUGAUGCGUUUGUGACUGUCUGGCUGUGACCUCAGCCAAGUUGCUCUCGAAAAAGACAUGGAACUUCCAUCCCAGCAAAUUUCUUGGCUAUAAGAUUAAUUUUUGGGAUAAUGACAGAGUCAAAAGUCUGGCUCAGACUUUACACAAAGAUGACAAAGUGAAUUGAGUAACCUCAGCCUCAUCACUGAAGUUAUGGCUCUCGUAAACCUCACCACGGAACCCACAGCCGACGUUGUUGCUGUGGUCUUUCGGCCACAUUUUGAUGGAUUCAUCUCUCUGAGACCAACAGUGUGAGGGUGAAUUAAACUUAAUAAGCAGCUGGCCAUCAGGCAUUGCAAUCCUUCCUGUUAAUCAGAUAAAAUUAUUACGUUACCGCUGUCUAGAUCAAAUCAAAAGUGCUCUGCUGCAAAGAAAGAAAGCCCUCAGUACUUCACUCAGCAGGGUGCCGGCUUAGCUCAGUAGUGAGAAAGUAGACUGUACGGGUCCUGUCGUCCCCAAAAUCCACAAAGUUUGCUGAGAAAGUUUGGUUUGGAUCCUGCAAACUCUGUGUCUGUGCUUUCAGGAUGAUGGUGCUGCGUCCAACAGUCUGGAGGAAGAGCUGGAGGUGACCACGUACUGGUGGGGGGAGUGGGCCAAGUGGACCGCCUGCACACGCACUUGUGGAGGGGGUGUGAUGUCACAAGAAAGACACUGCCUCAAACAGAGGUCAGUCAGUCCGAGUUUGACUUUUUUAUAUCUCUCAAUGCAAUUACAAAAAAAAACAAAACCCAAGCAUGUUUUAACAAAGCUCAUCAGCGGGGACGUGCAGCAACCCCCCUCUGUGAAAGAUCUCUCUGUCUGCAGACAGAUAACUGAACAGCACUGAGUUUUAGGCCUGCACAGGCAAAAAAGUUCAGCUGGAGACGGAGAAUACGUUCCCUCUCUACAUGCACUCUUGCGCACACCCACAGGAUUGCAUGCAAUGGAAAAAGCGUGCAUGAGAAAACCUUCAUUUUGAAAAAGUCAGGGAAGAGAUUGAUGUAUUGGCUUCAUGUUGCACCUGUGAACACACCUUACUUAGCAGUAUUUUGUCUCCAGAAAAUGUGAUAGUUAUCAGGCAUUUCCUAAAUGCACCAUGCACUUUAGAUCAUGCACAGUCGAUUAUUUAAUGGCACAUUUUCAUGCACAAGCACAUACCUGUACAGUUGUGCAUGCAUGUACAGACAUCUGUGCUACUUACACUCACAUUUAGACAGCUAAGGUGGACAGUGAUGACUUCAUAAGGAGAGGGGAAAUUCAAAAUUGUUUCUUACAACUGAAACAGAAGGUAUUGUCUGUUUAUGUUUCAGAUUGCCCUGAAAGAGCCGUUUUAUUUUAUUUAUUUAUUUUUUAAAUUCUGUUAUUUUUCCAUCUGUUUGUUUUCUGUCCAAAGAAAGAAAGUUGCUGCAGGGAAGGACAACAUGACCUGCACAGGAACUCCAAAGAAAUAUCAUCUCUGCAACACCAAAGUGGGUCACAGACUUAAUUUCUCAUCACUUUCUUUAACAUCUUUAUUCAAACAAACAAACAAACCUUCCGAUGGUAAGAGGACUGUGGCUGUGGCGGCACCAGCCUCCAGGCGUGUCUGUAUGUAGCUGUUAGAAAGUGAAGCCGGGCGGGGACCCUCCCUCCACAAAUAAAUGCCUCUAAAGAAUUUAUUUGUAUAACAUACUGUAAAAGUCAGUCUUAACAAAUGUGUGAAACAGACUCUUUGACUGGACUGAGCUGGGUCUGUGCUCUGCAGGAAUGCCCUGCCGCUGGAAGGAGCUUCAGAGAGGAGCAGUGCUGGUCCUUUAACUCCCAGCUUUACAGUGGGAGGAACUACCAGUGGAAACCUCUGUAUCCUGGUAAUAACCCCAUAAAACAUAUCCACAACCUCAUUACCUCAUUAAACACAGCAGAGGUGAUGAGGUCUUUGCUGUCUGAGCUGCUCAGAUUCAACUUUCCCUGAGAAAUCUUCGCAUCCUUUUUAGGUGUCUCUAAAAGAAUUGCACUUCCCAGUAUGGCGUAAUGGGUUCCCACAUUUCUUCCACUUAAAUGUCUAUAAUGCCAUAAUUUGUUGUAACUUACUUUGUCACAGUUUUGACAAAAAACGCACCACAAAGUGAAAUAAUAAAAGCUUGCAAGACUGUAAAGUGUUUAAAAAGAAGUUUGCAAAUCAUUUCAGACCUACAGUUCCCUGAAGAUAAAGCAAAGACAACACAUGACACCUUCAAACUAAAGAGAAUAACUAUAAUCUAAUGACAGCUGCAUGUUUCAAAAGUGUUCAGACAGAGACAUGUUUUCCGCUGUGUGUCUUUAUGAACGCUCUCUAGACCUUCGUGAACCCAGCUGACCAGGUUCUGGAGUCUGACAGUAAAAUAUUGUCCCAUUCUUGCCUGAUUUCUGCCCUGUAACAAUUUAAUUCCCUUCAGGGAUUAAUAAAGGCAUAUAUCUAUCUAUCUAUCUAUCUAUCUAUCUAUCUAUCUGAUCAAGGAUUUCAGCUGCUCAACAGUUCAGGGUCUCCUUUGUCCUGUUUUUGGUGUCACGAUGCUCCAAAUGUUUUUAAUGGUGGACAGUCAGGAUUGCAGACAGACCAGUUUAUCAGCAGGACUCUUCUCCUACAGAUCCAUGCUGUUGUAAUCACUGUUGUCAGAAUGUGGUUUGUCAUUGUCCUAAUGAAAUAUGAAGGUCUUCUCUAAAAAAGUCUUUGACUUUGGACUCUAAGGAUCCCCAUACCAUCAGGGAUACUGAAUUUGAACUGGGGGCUGAGAACAAGCAGGAUUGACUCUCUACUCUUUGGUAAAACUAAAAUGAUACAAAGAAAUAACCACCAAUCACUGCAUUGUCAUCAAAAUAACAUCAUACAUUCACAGAAAUGACAACGCAAAAAGCCACAAUUGUCAACUUAGCAUUAGCACAAAGUGAACAUUUAUUUAACACCCCAAAAGUGCACUACAGGAAUCUGUGUAAGAACAGAAUUAACUAUAAAUGUGAACAAUACUCACAAGUGAUAGUUUCCUAGGCAAAAACAGCAGGAGGAAACAAGACCACAGCUGGAGCUGCAAGCAGGCCACAUGGCAUGUAGAAUCUAUGCUUCCCUGAUCAGACUGUCAUGUGACACUGUCAUGUUACUAAAACUACCUUUCAAAAUAAAAGCUUGAAUUAAACACAAGGUAAUGAGCUACUCUUAAAUGCCGAUGGGCAGAGAAAAGCAAAGCAAAUACAGGCAAAGCUCACAUAGAACAUGGCAGAAACUAUCUAACUUCCAGCGUUACUUGAUCAUUUGUGCUGCUUACAUCAAGCCUAUGUUCUUCUAGAUGACUACGUUCACAUCUCCAGUAACCCCUGCGACCUCCACUGCACCACCACGGAUGGCCAGAGGCAGCUGAUGGUGACGGCACGAGACGGCACUUCCUGCAAGUACAGCAGCUACCGUGGCGUCUGCGUGGAUGGUAAGUGUGAGGUGAGUGCAGUGUCCUCUUUACUUUGUACCUGUUUGAACCCACUGAACUCUUUGAUUUCAGCUCCACAGCAGGUUUGUGUGAACCAUCCAAACCUCAGGGAGGACACUUUUGCUCUGCAGCUGUUUACUACUCAAAAUGAAAGCUGGAUUGCUGUUUGGGGUUUAAAUAAAAAUGCUUUGACAGACUGACCCUGAGACUGACACCACCUGAAUUAUUAUGACAUGGAUUGAACAGAAAGGAGACAAAACAAAACCCAAACUCAAGAUUUGUCCUGUUUCUAAGCUGUCUUUGUGCUACCUCUCCUGAAUCCUGGCACAGACUGUUUAUAACCACUGUCUUCUGCGCCAUAGCCACAUUAUCACAACAAGACUAAUGCAUGUAUGAUACACAAGUGAUUUUUUUUUCUUUCAUUUUUGUCCUCUCGGUCUAAUUGCUGCCUUGCUGCUCAGCCAAUUGGAUGUGAUGGCGUACUUUUCUCUUCUAACAUCUUGGAUAAGUGUGGGGUGUGUCAGGGGGACGGCAGCAGCUGCAGCAGGGUCACCGGAAACUUCCGCAGAGGAGCCACGACUCUAGGUGAGCGUUGUGAUGAAACUCUACUAGGCUUUAAUAAUCCUUUAGGAUCAGUUUCACAGUAUAAUUCAUCACAGAGCAACACUGACAUUUUCCUAUUUCCUGCCAUCAAGGUUACUCUUUUAUCACUCAAAUCCCUGAAGGAUCAUGGGAUAUACAGAUCAUCGAGAGGAAGAAGUCAGCUGAUGUUCUCGGUGAGUUUUUGGACAAAGAAAAGACCUGUAUGCAACACGAAACCCUUUCAGAUCUUUCAUAGAUAUUUGGAUAUCAUGGACCCUGUGGUGCAGUGUUUAUGACAUAUGUGUGAACUUACACCAACAUCAGUGCCUGUGGGUGUGUUGGUCCUCAAAACAGAUGCGGUAGGAUGCAAGAGCAUCUAUGAACUAAAGAGGCUUAUUGUCUCAGAGUGUGUUUUUGGCUCUUGAUCCUCCUCUUCAGCUGUAACUGACCAGGCGGGGAACUUCUUCUUUAAUGGAGCCUACAAAGUGGACAGUCCCCAGAACUUCCACGCAGCAGGAACUGUCUUCAAAUACCGCCGGCCCAUGGAUGUGUACGAGACUGGGAUUGAGUAUAUCGUCGCCAAAGGCCCUAUCGACCAGGCCAUCAAUAUUCUGGUACCUCUACAUCUCCUCUCUCACCUACUGCUUCUUUAUCACAGACCAGACUGUCUGACUGAGGGGGUGCUUGUUAUACAUUUGUUUUCAGACCAACUCUCCUUGGUACUCCAUUGUGGUUUGAUGCGAUAUGAAGCCUCUGUCUCUGUCCCAGAUCUUUUAUGCAAAAAGUUGCGAAAGGAAAAAUUUGAUAUAACCUCAAAUGGAUCUGUGCACCAAAUCCUCUGUUGGAAAGCAACGCAUUAAGACACAGCAAAAACCUGAAGUGAUUUCAGAUCACUGAAUAUUAAUGGGACACCGGGGCCUUGUGAAGUCUGUUAAGAUUUUUCCUAGACCCUUUCACUUUUUCUCUAAAUUCUGUUUUUCCAUUUUCAUUUUUCCUAAGCUUGAUUUGGGGGCUUCUUGCCUUGGUUUUCAGAGGACAGUGGAGGGAGUAGGAAAUGGGGGUUUGAGGUUAUAUAAUCUCCUCACUGAUUCCUUCUCCUUUGAAAAACAAGUGUGAGCUGUUUUAGUGCUGGUUCUCUCUCUUUCUUUACUAAACCCCAUGUGAACUAACCUGAGCCAGACACAGCAGACUCUCCUCUCAUCUUUCAGGUCUGGAACCAGAAUGGCCGCACACCAUACAUCACCUAUGAGUACACGGUCCUCAGGGAUUCCCUGCCCCCUGUCCCCCCUCCUCCGGUCUACACUGGGUCAGACACCUCAGCCGGAGAGGUUUCUGUGGAGCUGGGGGGGCUGCUGGCCCCUAACGGCAGUAUUUACGACCAGGGGGGCCCCAGGGACCACAUGGAGCGAGGAGAUGUGGAGUUGCAGAAGGGACAAGAGACCAAUGAGGUGUACGAAGAGACAGCGGCCAUCGACUGUGACCAGGACGGAGCAGCUGCCCCAAAGUUUAAAGGUGAGGACUUUUUUCACCACCUCCCAUCUGCCGUUUCUGAACCAGUGAAGCAACUUUUGAUGAACGAGGAGGUGAGUGCCACAUUUUCCUUCAGUCAGACUUGGCUUUGAAUAAAGGAAAGAGACUGACAGAGAGAAGAAGAACUUUAUUAAUCCCUGAAGAGAAAUUCAAUUGUCUGUUGUCUCACAUAAUAUGUCACUAAAAGUUAUCUCCUAUUUACACAAGAGUUAUUAAGUCUAAUGGCUGUUGGUACAAAAGAUCCUCUGAAUCUUUCUGUCCACCACCAUUGGCGCUUUGGUCCAUUAAGGUGUUGUGAAGUGGGUGAUCCAUGUUCUUUAGAAUAGUCUCCACCUUCCUCAGUGUAGAUCUCUUCACCACAUCCUCCACUGAGUCCAGCUUGAGUCCAACCACAGAGUCAGCCUUUUUCACCAGUUUGUUAAAACGUCUUGCAUCUUUGUGUUUGAUGUUUCCUCCCCAGCAGACUGCAGCGUAGAACAGAACACUUGCCACCACAGACUGAUAAAACAUCUGCAGCAUCUUACUACAGAUGUCUAUUGAUCGGAGUCUUCAAAAAGAGACGGCUCUGCCCCUUUACGUAGAUGUAGUCUAUAUUCUUAGACCAGUCCAACUUAUUAUCCAGAUGUACACCUAGGUAUUUAUAUGAUGUCACCACUUUGAUGUCCACUCCACAGGUGUUCACUGGCUGAAGAGGGGGUUUGGAUCUACAGAAGUCUAUGAUCAUCUCCUUUGUCUUUGGGGGGUUGAGGAGGAGGCAGUUUUUGUGACUCCAGUCACUGAAGGCUCUUAUCAGAUCUCUGUAUUCAGCUUCUUGUCCAUUUCUGAUACAUGCCAAAAUAGCGGUGUUAUCUGAGCAUUUCUGGAUGUGGCAGGACUCAGUGCUGUAUUUGAAGUCUGAUGUGUACAUUGUGAACAGGAAUGGCGCCAGCACUGUCCCUUGUGGAGCCCCUGUACUGCUCAUUAAUGUCUCAGAAACACAGGCUGUGUCUCAUUUCAGAGACAUUUGAAGUGUGCGUGAUUUCAUCACGCGGCGCGAAAGGUGUCCCAUUUGGCUUGAAAUGCUGAGCGCGCUUCAAAUUCGGUCUCAAAACCACACUACCCCCACCCUUUUUUCAAGCGUGCAUUUAUGCACGCUUUCGUGGCCUUGGUGUCCCAGAAUUCUUUGCGUGCCACUGCACAGCUGCGCAUUUCGGGUGAGAGGCCGGACUCGCUUGGAGACGCAGCACGUCUUCAAAGAAAAUACAAGAAAUCCCAAAACAGCGGACUGUCAGCUCAGGCUACUAAAAUCUGCGGCUGCAAACCAAACAUUAUACUCCUUAGAAAAGAACUGAUCCACUCUGCUACCACAAUCAGAAACAUUAGAAAUAAGAAAGCUGACAAAACUACAGCAGAGUGAUCUGACUUGCCCAGUGGUGGUAAGGCAGUAGCUCUGUAGGCUUCUUUGACGUUGGCAUACAGCAGAUCCAGGGUUUUGUUUUCUCUGGUAGGACAGUUCACAAACUGUGUGAAUCCAGUCAGGUGAGAGGAGAGGGGGACAUGGUUGAAGUCUCCCAGUAUUAUUAUUAGUGUCUCAGGGUGUUGAGUCUGUAGCCUGGCAACACUAUUAUGCAAAACAUAGCAUGGAAUUUCUGCAGUUGAUUUGGGUGGAAUGUAAACAACUACUGUUAUGAUAUGACUAAAUUCUCUUGGAACAUAGUAUUGCCGAAGAGCAACAGCCAACAGUUCAAUAUCUGGACAACACAACUUCUCCUUGACAGUUAUGUGUGAAGGAUUACACCAUCUCUGGUUGACAAAUAAAGCCAGACCUCCUCCUUUCUUCUUGCCACAAGCUUGAGCAUCUCUGUCUGACCUUGUCAGAGUGAAGCCAGGUAGAUCCACACUGGAGUCCGAGUUGUUUUGAUUCAACAAGGUUUCAGUAAAACACAGGAAACUGCAAUCAUGGUAUGCUGUCGUAGUCUUCACCAAUAUCUCCAGCUCAUCGCUUUUGUUGGGCAGAGAGUUGACGUUUCCCAUGAUGCCUGAUGGAAGAAAGGGUUUAUAUUGCCACCUCCUAGCACUCAGCUUUGCCUUCGCCAUUGCACCAGCACGGCAACCACGACAACACCUCCUGAUGUUGUAUGUUGUUGUCCAGAUUUGCUUUUCCUCAAUGAAAGGAGCUCUUCUCUUGAUUAAACUCUUCGCCCAGCAGAAGUAUCCAUCAGCAGCCAACAAAAUGACAACAAAAAUAUUUUAAAAAUCCAGCAAAAACUACAGAUAAUACGGAGAGACCAGACUUGCAGCAUUUGAAUUAGAAUAAGAUGAAUAAUUUGAAUCAAAUAAAUAAUUUGAAUAAGAUGGUAGCUCUGUGGCCCACUGUCAAGAAUUUUGAAAUAGGUCGGGUUUUACAUCCAACCCUUACCUGCCCAGCUCCUUUUCUGCGUGUGUGAGAGCUGGUCCUUUGGAUCUCUGCAUUAUUAAUCCCACAGGCACACGAAGAGGAUCUGCAGCAGAUGAAAUAUUCAGAGAUUCCUUGGUGUUUUCUUCUGUUAAAAACAGCUGCAGCACAAACAUGAGCAGUAAUGGCCUUCCUGCGGGCUCUCUGCUCGCUCAGCUGACGGUCUAGGCCAUUACACCUCCACUCAGGUUGGUGAGACCAGAUGGAGAGAUGGUUCAGACCCCCACCAUUCACUGUCUGCACAGAGUGACCUCAAAUUCAAGGCUUGAUGCUGAGAGCUGAAUGAAACAGCUCAUCUGAUCACUCACUGACUUUAGCACCCUCAACCAUAUUCUUCAUUUCUGAUUAAACAGUGUCAAAAGUACAGACAUCAGUAUCGGACGGAGAUGUCUUUGUGUUUGUGUAUUAGUUUGUUGUCCAGCUAUAUCUGAAUUUUUCUGUUUGGACCCAUCAGAGGGAAACAGCAACCACACAGGCAGCACUGCUAACCCUGCUCCUGCUGGACCUCUGGAUCCAGGACCAGACCCUCAAAACCUGAUCUGGAGGGUCCUGCUGGGCGGGCGAAUUGGCCAAGACGAGCUGCUCAUAAACAUCUCAACCAAUCAGCUGCUGACAGAGGGAGACAGUCUAUUUUCUUCAGAGGUGGGACCAGCUGAGGUCGACCUGAGCAUCCUGGAGCAAGAUGGCGCUUUUGGUCUGAACGAAACGCUGGAGUUUACUUUGGGGCGCAAACGCAACGACAGCGGGGACGGUUCCUACCACAAUAAAACAGUGCAGAGUGGAGGAAGGAGCUCCAGCCGCUCCAACAGAACCAGGUAAUCCAACAAGAUACAGGUUAGGAGAACAUCAAACGCUCUGAAUCUUAUCUUAACAUGAUAAAAAUAGAUUAGAGUCCAGCUGCAGAAAGGCUGAGCAGUUUUAGGUUUGGACCUAAAACUUCCGAUUCUGUCCCUGGAUCUGCUUAUAGUUAAGGGAAAUUUGCUCCAAGCUCUCAAUUUCAUCUUGCAUCUAUUUGUGUACAAGGUCUGAGAAGCAGGCAGGACAGUAUGGACACUUUUUCCUUCAGCCAGUCAUGAAAGAGUCUAAAAGGGGAGGAUGCAGAUCUUAUAGAAUUUCUCCUCCUCUUUCUCCUCUCACUGGUGGAGGAGAAAGAGGAGGGUCUGGCUUGUAAUUUAGGGCCCUAUCCGUAUGGGGCAGAGCGUUACAAGUAGGUGGGAGUAUAGACCUGCAUGAGUGACUGCAGGUAGGCAGGAGCAGUUUGUUGUUAUAGAGAAGAAGAAGUGGAAAGAGAUGAAGAGCAGAGUGACAUGAGCUGUUUUGGAUUGAAUGAAAACCAGAUGAGCUGCUGUGUUCUGGAUCAUCUGCAGAGCAGUCGCUCACUACAGCCUCUCUUUCACUGUGCUGACUCUCUCCCUGUGCUUUUCAGGCAAACAGGGAUACUCUCACCUCUCCUCCUCUUGCUUCUCUUCUUUUUCUCCUCUCCUCCUCCCACUCUUCUCCCUGCUCUCCUCUCUCCUCUUCCCCUUUCUCUCCCUGCCCUCCUCUUUCUUCCUCCUUCUCCUCUCCCUGCUCUCCUUUCUCCUACUCCCGCUUCUCUACCUGCUCUCCUCUUCCUGCUCUUCUCCCUGUUCUCCUCUCUCCUCCUGCCUCUUCCUCUCUUCUCUUCACCUGCCUCCUCUGAAGGGAGGUGGCCCAUGGUCUGCUGUUAUGGCCCUCUGCCUUCUGUUCAGGCAGAAUAGGCUCAAUAACCCAGCUUCAACUGUUUGAUUCUUCAAAGUUCGUUCCUGAAAUUAUGCUUCUUUCUGCUUGUUGUGUAUCUCUCUUCUGCGUCCUUUCUUACAGCCACCAUGCUGCUAACUGCACUCAGUCACACAAGUGGACAAAUGCUGACUUUUGAAUUCUCUUUGGGAUACCAUAGAGAAUCACAGGCUUGUUUGUGUCUGUUGUAGACAAACAGCAGAGGACAGACAGAGACGUCAAUCCCUUUUCAACCAACCAAUGAGCUCAAAAGCAGACAUCCAAAACAAGAAAAUGAGAAAGUACAGACAGGAAUCAGACUGUCUGCAGAUACACCACCAUCACACUCCUCCUCUUCAUCAUUAUUGAUAACUCAGAGGAACAUUUGGGGGGGUCUCUACAGUAUUGAUACUUAGGUCAUAUUUAUUUGGCCUUUUGUUUCUAGGAACAGUGUAAGACAUUGUAUCACACUGAAGUUUAAAUUCAGAUAGAUAGAUAGGGAUAACUCCAGAGUAUAUACAGGCAUAGAGAAGAUGUGUUAACAAAGAAGAGGUCUAAAAGUGGGACAAACUGACAUCCAUAAAGCAGGAGGAGGACAUACUGUGCAGGCAGGGACACAGACAAGUAGACAGACAGACAGGCAGGCAGGCAGACAGACAGACAGGCAGGCAGGCAGGCAGACAGGUAGACAGGUAGACCUGGCAGCUUUUACAUUCAUCAUAUUCAUAAUUCAUGUUGGCUCUCCUGCUCUGUGUCCAAACACGACUUCACCUGUCCUGCAGCCAGCAGCCAUAAAACAGCAGUGACACGCCCUUUCCUCUGUGAGACAGAGACACCAAGAGAGAGGAAACGAGCAGAGCAGAGAGCGCAGGAAUACAGCCUCACUUACAAACAAAUAAUCCAAGGUAUUUGCAAGAAAAAUGAAAAUAUGAUGCAAAGGGGGAAAGUGUGCCGUUAGACUGCGGUCACCUCUGGGAGAGAAUAAUGUGCAGGAUUUAGUCUGGCUGACAUGGAGGGAAGCUGGCGAGGUAUAACUCACGAGUGAGUCUGAUUCCCAAAUAAAUGUCUGGAGGCCGGCCCAGGCCGAGGGAACGACCGGUGUUAUGUAAAGAAUGUGCACAUGACUUUUAUGUGAAGUGAUGAAAAAACAAAGUGUGUCUGCCGGGAUGCAGGCCGUGAAUCAGCUGUCACACUGACAGAGCGGAAGUCUGUGUGUCUGUGAGGCUCUGCGCUUCAGGGUGUUCUUUAGUGUGCUGCAAAAUGGAUUUGAUAGACAACAUGUCUCUUUAAAAACCUGCAAGGAGUUGAUGUUGCUCCCUUUUUGAAGGUUACUCCAAGCAUCAACUACCUGCAAGUCUGCAGCUAAAUAAAACCUGCAGAAUAUUUUCUGUUUACACCACCAGCCCAUUUGGACUUGGUCUGAACAUUGUAAAAGUGCCAGCUGAAGUUAGCAAAAGUCUGUGUGAAGUCUUCAAUGUUUGUUUUGUCUGUCCACAUGUACUGAACCUGAAUAAAAGCACCAGUGCAGUUUUCCUCUGUCUUACAGGUGUUGGUUUUUGUGUGUAUUCAAAGGGGGAACCAGAGGCUGUACCAGAAGAACCUGAAGCUGAGUGCUGCUGACAUGUACCGCUGGAAACUGUCGUCUCAGGAGCCCUGCAGCAUGACCUGCUCCAUAGGUACACACUCACACUUCCUCACGUGUGGAUAUUUGUGAUCAUGCAGCUGUUUCUCAACAUUGUGGUCUUACGUCCUCAUAUAAACAGAGUCUUUUUGAAGCCUCCAUUUUUAAUGAAUUUGUUGGGACAGUUAAGACAAAGGUUUUGGACACACUCAUGUAGAUGGACAGGAAAUGUCCUUAUCAUUUUAUCCUGGAGUCCACAUAUGGCAAACUUAACAGUUCAUAUCCAGCUUUUUUCCUGCAACAACCGAGCACAGAGCAUCUUUUAUAACAAAUAAAAUCUCUGUUGUGUGUAAUGGAAAAGUAACUGUGUGACAAACGUAAUGGCACAAGCACACAAGUCGACCCGUAUUUGAGGAUUUACAGUAUAUAUGUUCUGUAUCGUUAAAGUUUUUUGAUUCGUCAAACAUAAAAAAAAAUACUUUGUACAUCAUUGUGUCAUUGCAACAGUUUAGAAUACUGUCCCUUCUUUUUUAGAUCUGACAUUUUCCACCCGCUGGAAAGAAAAAGAAAAAGAAAAAACUCUAAAUAUGCAUGCACAGGAUGUUCUUUGAAAGUGUUUGAUGUUACAGACUGAUCAUACAUCAUCACCACUAGUCUGACAUGCUCACAUGGGUGUUUCCAGCUGUUGUGCAUCUUCUUAGGGACAGAGAAAUGUCCCACAACACCAUUGAUUUUUUAGAAAACAGGAGAUUUUCUGGGUAUGUGUGGAUACAACCUCAGCUUCUUCAAAACACAAGCACAAUAACACAGCAAGAAUGAAAGAUGUCCACAUAUAUAUAAGGAAACAUAAGCAUCAACCCCUUUGUCUUCGGUUGGUUUGAACAUGAGCACUUUUAUGUCGAUGCAUCAGUGGUUUUCCUCCCUUUUUUGGAUGCCUUUCAUGUCAUCUCUCUCCCUCUUUUUGUCGGCACUUCCACCAGACAUCAGCCAUGAAUGUACAAGGAGCAGGAGUUGGAAACAGCUAUAAUCUCCAUAUUUAAAGACAUCAGUUUGUAACAGGCUGAAGUUGUACUCUGUGAUUUGAGUCUGCACGGUUCGUGCAGUUUGUAAGAAGGAUGGAGCUUUUCUCUUUUUACUCUCUCUCUUUCUUCUUGUCUGGAGAUGACAUUAAACUGCUCCCUUUCUUAAGUGAAUUCUUCUCCCUCACCUCCAGCUGAACAUUUUCUGCUCUCAAUCCAGGGGUCUCAAAGUCCUUUGUCACGUGUAUUCGUUAUGACGGAGUCGAAGUGCACGACAUGUACUGUGAUGCUCUGACCAGACCAGAGCCGGUCCACGACUUCUGUAUUGGCAGAGAGUGUCAGCCCAGGUCAAAACCUCCAAAACUAUGAGCAGUUAUUUACAUCCUCUACCAAGUACUUUGCAUGAGAUAUAUCUCACUUUUAUGAGGACACCCUGGCUCUGUGUUGUUGUUUCUUAGGUGGGAGGCGAGCAGCUGGAGCGAGUGCUCCAGGACCUGCGGUGAGGGCUUCCAGUUCCGACAGGUCCGCUGUUGGAAGAUGCUCUCUCCGGGGUUGGACAGCUCGGUGUACAGUGACCUCUGCACCAUGGCUGACCUGGAAAGACCUGUGGAGAGACGAGCCUGCAAGAGUCCUGCCUGUGGCCCACAGUGGGAGGUGGCUGAGUGGUCCGAGGUAUGAGAGGACUGUAAUGGUUUACCCUGCUGAGAUUCAAACACAAACCUUCACCAAACAGGACUGGAAGAUGAAAGUGUGCAGCAGUCUGUCACCUGUUUUAAUUCAUGUUUAUUUCACACCAGAGUUUUUCUUCUUGCAGCACAGACAUCUCUCUCUCUCUCUCUCUCUCCCUCUUCCUCUCCCUCUCUCUCUCUCUCUCUCCCUCUCUCUCUCUCUCUCUUACCCCCCCCUCUCUCUCCCUCUUCCUCUCCCUCUCUCUCUCUCUCUCCCUCUCUCUCUCUCUCUCUCUCUCUCUCUCUCUUACCCCCCCUCUCCCUCUCUCCCUCUCUCCCUCUCUCUCUCUCUCUACCUCUCUCACUCAUUCACUCCUUUCAGGCUCAGGUUCAGCAGCUGUCUUCUACAUGCAGUCUUGUGGUCUGAUUGUGGUCACUGAUGGAUCCUCCAGAGAACUUUAGCAGACACUAAACACAAGUUGUUUCUGUAGCCUGCAGCUGUGUUUGAAAACCCAGAGUGAAAAAGACUCCUAUUUGUGUUUUUCUCUAAACUGGACUUAAACUUGACAAGGAUGAAAUCAAAAUGAUACCACAGAUGAAUACAGAGACAACAGCUGAUGCUUUGACUGAGUCGGGAAGUUAGUUCAAGGCUUUCUAGCUGCUGCACAGGCGAGAACACACUCAGCAGUAAAUAUCUCAGAGGACAUUUGUGUAUUUGUGUCCUGGGCUCUUUUACAUUUAGGGGGUCCAAUAACUUCUGAAUUCACUUCUGAAUUAGUUUGUCUUUCAGCAGUGAAACCGUCUGUAACAGCUGCAAUAUGUCCUCUUAAAGUUUUUAACCAUGUACUGUCGAUAAUGAAGACCACACUUUUCCUUUUGAGGAACAUUUAUAUGAAACUGCUGAACUAUGAGCUCACACAGUCUCUUCCCAUCUUUCCCUCAGCUGGUUUUAGCGUCUGCAGGCAUCAGGAUCUGUUUUGAUGAGCAUUUGAACAAUCUUACAGCUUUUUUCUUAAUGUGGUAGCCUAAGUCUUCUUCACUGUGCUCAAUACAAAUCUACAGCCUUUGCAGCCUGUAUUACAGGUGACAGAUGAGGAAGUUGACCUGAAAGAUUCUUUGCUCAGGUGCUGUAGCUGUGGACACUGUUUAUACAAUCCUGUUCAAAAACCUUCUCUCUGCCUCUGUUUGACUGCAGUGUCCUGCUAAAUGUGGCCGUAAAGCUCAGGUAACCCGUGAUGUCCGCUGCUCUGAUGAGAGCAGACCAUGUGACCCGAUGACCAAACCACCAAACAUCAAGAACUGCACCGGUCCACCCUGUGAACGCCACUGGACAGUGUCAGAGUGGGGGCCUGUGAGUGUCUUUACCCUACAGAAAAACCUCUUUGACAGCACAGGUGUGUUUGAUCACCUUUAGCUUUUGUCACGGCACAUCUGAUGCUUCUUUUCGUGCCACUCUUUGUGCUCUGGAUUGUAUUUCAAAGCCGCACAGUUUACUGAUUUAUCAUCUAUAUUUUCUUCAGUAGAUACAUGUAGUCCCUGAAUUUCCUUCAAAGAUGAAGUCUAGAAACUUGCAGGCCUGUUUUACCUCCAUUAAGUCCAACAUGAAAGUCCCAUGUACAAAAAUCUUGAUUCUCAUCAGAGCUGUCAGUAUAAAGACACUAAUGGUGACAUGUCAAACCUCCCAGCUGUUUCAUGAGAGAAAAUCAUGACAUUGCUGCUUGUUUGAAUAUCACAUUUCACUUCAAAAAGCUCCCAGUGGGCUCAGCUGACAGGCCAAAAGUAAGCUGCGCUUUGAGCCCCACGGGAUCAAGAUCUGACUAAAGAUUCAAGUCUGAGCUGCCAUUGAACAAAGCUUAGAGGUGCAGGUAUUGUAACUGAUGGCAGCAGCCAACCACUUCACAAACAGAACUCCAUUUCGAAAUCUAAACUACCACAGAGCUGUGAAGCAGACUAUCAAGUGAGACUUGACUGUGGGCAAGUCAACAGUGAGGAAGACCCAGGUCUAAAAAAUCUCCUCAGGCCGGCAUGUUCAGACCAGGUAUGUCCCUCAAAGUCCCCCACACAGGACCUGUAAAAAAACAAAAAAAGAAACCAACCUGGACCCCGUGAAAAAUGCAUAAGCUCUGACCCUUAACUGACUCUGACCUUCUGACAGCUAAACUCAUCAUCACAGUUUGAUCUUUGACCUCUUACAGUGCUCGGGGUCCUGCGGCCAGGCCAAGAUGGUGCGUCAUGUGUACUGUAAAGCUCCGGAGGGCCGCGUAGUCCCUGAGAAUCAGUGCUCACCAGAGAAUAAGCCACUCGCCAUCUACCCGUGUGGAGAAAGGAACUGUGCUUCUCACUGGCUGAGCCAAGACUGGGAGAGGGUGAGAACGUGUCACGUCAUAUAUACAGUUACAAUCAAAACAAUCAUCUACCCUUAACAACAGCUGACUUCAUGAUGUCGUCUGAAGUGUAACACAACCUGUGGGCGAGGAGUGAAGCGAAGGAUCGUCCUGUGCGCUGGCAUCAGCGGAGGAAAGUUUCAGAUCUAUGAUGACGAAGUGUGUGGCAUCAGCGAGAAACCAGAAGACGAGAGCACCUGCUUUGAGAGGCCAUGCUUCAAGUGGUACACCACGCCCUGGUCUGAGGUGAGAUCUGAGGAAACACAGAGGGCCUGGAACAGGUUUCUUCCGCAGUGAAACGACCCGGAUGUCUCUGAGUGUCAGCCACGAUAAGAGCGGUUCAAAUCCUACAAAUGAUAAAUUUGAAUUUUUUGAGUUUCAUGAAAUAUUUGGUUUUUUUUUAAAUAUUUAUUAAAUACAUUUUUACAAUGAUCAGAGAAGAUUUUUGUUAGGGCACAUCAAAACAGAAAUAUAUCUGCAGGAAUAUUCCAGUUUGGGCUCUGAACUCCUCUUUGCAUCAGAAAAAAAAACACUCUUCACGUGUGUGCCUCUGUGUGUCCUCAGUGCACCAAGACCUGCGGUGUGGGUGUCAGGAUGAGGGAUGUGAAGUGUUACCAGGGCAGGGAGCUGGUCCGAGGCUGUGACCCCCUCACCAAACCUGUGUCCAAACAGACCUGCACCCUGCAGCCCUGCCCCACUGAGCCGCCAGGUAAGGACUCGGACACCUGCUGAUAUGCUGCCAGGAGAUUUAUGCAAAAUAAAAUUCAAAUUUCAAACAAAUUUCUCUUUUUUUUUAAAGAAGAUGAAAAUAUUCUCAAUUUCAAAAUAGAGAGAAAGAUCAUUUUAAAAAAUUAAAAUUUGUGGUUAUUCAUUAUUCAUUAUUAUAAUUUAAAACAAAACAAAUAUAGAAUUCUCUCCUUGAAAGGUGCUGACUUUGAUGACCUUUAGUCAGGAAACAUAUACAUACACAUUCAGAUAUGAAAAAGGGUUUUUUUGAGUCACACUGAGCUCUGGUUUUAAAGUUAACUGGAGCUGAAUUUCUUUCGUCUGGUUUCUGGACGUCAGAUGAGAGUUGUCAGGAUCGUCCCUCCACUAACUGCCUGCUGGCGCUGAAGGUGAACCUUUGCAGCCACUGGUACUACAGCAAGGCCUGCUGCCACUCCUGCCGCGCUGUAAGACCUCCAACCUCUUAACCCUGGACUGCACCUCCUCUCUCCACGCCAACUCGAACUCCAGCAGAGGAGGGAGAUGGGUACGUUUACAGAGCAGCGGGACUUGGGUCACUACAGACGGUGAGGGGACGUCAGAGAUGGAGCCUGUUUUUAAAGGA